AUUACCUCCCUUCUCCUACACUUAACCAACUAACUAACACCACCACUAUACCUACUUUCUUACCAUAUCUCCUUUUCUCCUUACACAUUAAGAAAAGUAACACUUUUCUAGUGGAAUCAUUAUAUAUUUUGAUCAACUUCAUGAGCCACAACAACAACUAAAAGUAGUUAAGUAAAAGAACAAGAGAGAAUAUGAGUACAGCUAGGUUUAUCAAAUGUGUAACUGUUGGAGAUGGUGCUGUUGGAAAGACAUGCAUGCUUAUAUCUUAUACAAGCAAUACUUUUCCCACAGAUUAUGUUCCAACUGUGUUUGAUAAUUUCAGUGCUAAUGUAGUUGUGGAUGGUAGUACUGUUAAUCUUGGUUUAUGGGAUACUGCAGGACAAGAAGAUUACAAUAGAUUAAGGCCAUUGAGUUAUAGAGGAGCUGAUGUGUUUUUGUUGUGUUUUUCUCUCAUCAGUAAAGCAAGUUAUGAGAACAUUUCUAAAAAGUGGAUAUCUGAGCUGAGACAUUAUGCACCAAAUGUGCCUAUUGUGCUGGUAGGAACAAAACUAGAUUUGCGAGAUGACAAGCAGUUUUUUCUUGAUCAUCAAGGAGCCACACAGAUAACUUCUGCUAAGGGUGAAGAGUUAAAGAAAAUGAUUGGAGCAGUUUCUUACAUUGAGUGCAGCUCUAAAACACAGCAGAAUGUGAAGGUAGUGUUUGAUGCUGCUAUAAAGAUUGCAUUGAGGCCACCAAAGCCAAAGAAGAAACCACGCAAGACAAGGACAUGUACUUUCCUCUAGUAUAGGGGGUGUGAAAAUAAAAAUAGCUACUCCAUUUUAUAUAUUCAGCUAUGUUUUACCUAGUGGCCCAACAUCAUUUAUAUAACAGAAUUAAAACCAUGUGCUUCAAUGUUUUGUUUGUGGUUCUAAUGAUAUAUAGAGAGAGAGAGAGAGAAAUCUAAGGGGUUAUGGAUGAUCUCAGUGAAAAAUUAUUAAUUAAUUUUCUUGUAUUAUGACUA